AUGCAACCCAUACUGUGGACUGUGUUACUCGGUUUGGCUGCUGGGCGCAGUGUAACCCUCCCUGGUUCUGCUUCCAAUGCCUCCUGCCGCGCCAUUCCUGGGGAUCCUUCUUGGCCCUCGCUCGAAAAAUGGCACGCCCUCAAUAAGACGGUUCACGGCCGAUUGAUUGCCACGAUCCCCCUGCCCAGCGUCUGCCACAGCGAGCCGUUCGGUAACUACAAUGCGGAUGCCUGCAGUGCCCUCAAAACCACAUGGCUGGACGAUACAACCUUUCUGAACCAUCCAGCAGAGGUCAUGAAUCCCUACGUACAGAACUAUACCUGUGUCCCCUUCACUCCAGCGUCACAACCAUGCAUUCUAGGCAAUUAUGCCAGCUAUUCCAUUAAUGUCACCGGCGCCGACGAUGUGAUUGCUGGUGCUGCCUUCGCACGAGAUAAUGACAUCCGGCUGGUGAUCAAGAAUACCGGUCAUGAUUUCAUGGGCAAAUCCAGUGGAACAGGCGCCCUCUCCCUGUGGACGCACAACCUCAAUACGACAGACAUCCUCUCCUCAUACUCGAGUGCCGACUAUACCGGGCCAGCCGCUCGACUGGGCGCCGGGGUGAUCAGCGGGCAAGUCUACUCCAUCCUAGGGGCAGCGGGCUACCGCAUCCUGGGUGGGACAUGCCCCACCGUCGGCCUGGCUGGGGGCUACACCUCAGGGGGAGGACACUCGCUGCUUAACGGCGCCUACGGGAUGGGCGCCGACGCGGUGCUGGAAUGGGAGGUCAUCACCGCGCAGGGGGAGCACCUCGUCGCAACGCCGUACAACAACACCGACCUAUACUGGGCGCUCAGCGGUGGGGGACCGGGGACCUUCGCUGUGGUGCUCAGCAUGACGACCAAGAUAUUCAUCGAUGGACCCAUAGGCAGCGGUCUGCUGUUCUUCAACAUCUCUGCCACUAACCCAGAGCCCUACUGGUCCGCCAUCUCCGAUCUGUGGCAGUUCCUGCCCCAAUUCGUCGACGUUGGCCCCAACACGUGGGACUUCGCACUGACGGCCACCGGGUUCGAAGCCUACGCCAUCACCGUGCCAGACAAAAACGGCACACAAGUGCAGGAUUUGCUAAAGCCGUUUCUCACCCGCCUCACCCAGCGGGACAUCCCCUACUCCUUCACGCCCACCACCUCCCCGAACUACCACGACUACUUCGCCAGCCGCUUUGGCCCGGGCAUCGCCGGCGCCGGCCCCGCCACGGUGCAGUUGACAUCGCGCCUCAUUCCCCGCGCCGGGGUGCAGAACAUCACGCAGAACCAAGCCAUCGUCGCCGCCUUGCGCGCCGUCGUCGAGACCGACCCAGACCUCUCGCUGGGAUGCCACGCCCUCAACGUGAAGGACAUCCCGCACCCAGACAACGCCGUCCUCCCCGCCUGGCGCGACGCCAUUGCUACGUGCAACAUCGUCAGCUACUGGGAUUGGAAUUUAUCCCCAAUACAAAUGCAGGCCCGGAAGGCGCAGCUGGUCGACACGCUGAUCCCGGGGCUGGAGCGGGCGACGCCCGGUGCGGGGACGUAUCUGAAUGAGAUCGAUGCGCAGUGGAAGGGAAAUUGGGAGGUGGAGCUGUAUGGGAGGAAUUAUCCACGGUUGCUUGAGGUCAAGGAGAAGUAUGAUCCAGCGCAUGUGUUUUAUGCGAAGACGGCGGUGGGGAGUGCAGCGUGGGAGGUCGAUUCCAGAGGGAGGUUGUGUAGAGUUUAG